CUUGUCCCAAACGUUGUUGCCCUGUUACACCAGCAAAACCAAUCCCCAACUUCUCUGCUGCUGUCAACACCACCACCACCACUACAACGACUGUCGCCGCCACCACCUCCACCAGCCGUUUUGCGUUAUAGCCAUCCCAAUUAACCACACUAAUAUUGUCACCACCACCACUACCACCACUACUACUAUUACUACUACUACUGACAACCUCUGCUUUUGUUGCUGCUGCUGCUGCUGCUGCUGCUCUCCCUACUAUCACGACCACGUCGUCCUCGACGUCAACGACAAGCAAAGCAAUAAGGACGACGGAGACGGAGACACUCGAAGAAGGAGACACAAAAUAAGGGGAAAGCGUUGAGUGUACCCGGAAGAUUUGUUGGGGAUUAGAACGGCAGGCCACACCUGAACAACAGUGUUGGUCAUCUGGAUGAAAUAAAACACUUGGAUACUUUAAAGACAAGUUUAGUUUUGGAUUUUUGAAGCUUUCUGCCAUAAUGCCUCCUGGUCGUGAAGCCCUCCCUUUAACAGCAUUGGUGAUCCCUUUACUUGUAGGCCUCUAUGUGCCCACAGUAAUAUCACGUUCCCGUGGUGCACCAAACUGUGAAGACUUGACACCGCAUCAUCAUCAUAAACCGGCUCAAACAUCAAAUCCACCCUAUUCAGUUGAUUUCUCUCCUCAGGAUUUUAAGGGUGGAGACACUAUUACAGUUACAGUCAAAGGGACGGCAGGAAGAAUUUUCAAAGGAUUUGUUAUUGCGGCUCGAAUAGAUAACAGCAAUGAAAACUACGGCACUUUUACAGCUGUGCCGAACACAACAGCAGUGUCCAGUUGUUUGAAACCCAAUUCUGCCCUCACUCAUUCAACAAGUUCUGAAAAAAGCAGUUUAUCUUUCAAUUGGACAUCACCAAUGGAUAUUCCUCCUGGCCUACAUUUCAAAUCUUCAUUUGUCGAAUCAUAUUCAGUUUUCUGGGCCAAUCUGAAAACCCCUCUUCUUCCAACACCUACUGGUAUGCCAGUAACCCCCACCAGUGUUCCAGGAAAAAGCAGAAAUUCAUGGAAAUGCAGUGAAAAAUUUGAGUGCCAAGUUUCUUGGGAAAUGGAUGAGGCCUCCAAAACCAUAAAUUUUGAGUUCAACUUGAAAGUUACAAAUGAUCGAUCUUAUAUUGCACUUGGCCUCUCAGAAGAUGAUGAUAUGGGGAGCGACAGUGUGAUGGAAUGUCUGUACUAUAAUGGUCAAGUCAAGGGACAAUAUUCUUACAACGAAGGAAUACGUAACUCUAAGGUGACUGAUUUAACUCUUAACAAUGGAAAAUAUGUUAAUGGCUUAAUGACCUGCAAUUUCACACGAGAUAAUGUUAUGAACAAUUCUAAAAUCUUCAAUAUUGGACAAAAACAAUGGUAUUUAUUGGCAGCUGCUGGACCAGUAAAAGACGGAUUUAUGAAACGAAAACACACCUUUACAGCUACAACCAGCGGAAAGGUUGACUUCUCGAAACAAAAUCCGGUGGAUUCUGAGGAAGAGGAAAUUCUGACUCAUCUGCACGGUGUGUCCAUGAUUGUGGCUUGGGUAUUCUUUGCUUCUGUUGGAAUAUUUGCUGCUCGUUAUUCAAAAUCCGUUAACAAGAAACUCUGCAAGAUUAUGCUGUGGUUCCAGCUCCACAGAACUUUCAUGGUUCUAGCUAUGUUGUUGACCAUUCUAGGAUUCAUCUUAAUCUUUAUUCAGAAUGAAGGCGAAUACAGUGAACUUCAGGGCUCAUCAGCAAAAGCUCAUCCCAUAAUUGGAAUCAUUGUUACCAUUUUCGUCAUUAUCAAUCCCAUCUUAGGCUAUUUUAGGCCGGGAAAAGAUCAUCCGAAGCGGAUUUAUUUUAACUGGGUCCACAGCAUGAUCGGCACCAUUUUGAUGAUUCUUGCUGAUGUCACAAUAUUUAUUGGAGUUUUGAUGCACAGCAAGAUGGAGAAUGUAGAGAGAAUGUACGACGCUUUUGUCAUUGAAAUGAGUUUGUUUUUGGUCUACAAAUUCGUUGCUGGUUGUGGAAUGGAAAUAAUGGAAUAUUGUAACCAAGAUGAGGAGGAGGCAGAAGAUCACAGUAUUAAACCGAUGUUUUGGAAUAGGCUAAGAGGCACAUUUGGUUAUGAUAAAGUGUCUGCAUAUGAAAUGAACACACCUGGACAGAAUAAGCCACCUGAACCGGAAGUUAAUAAGGAGGAAAAGGUGAAGACCAUAAUGUUGUUGGUCCACACAGUAAUAUGUCUAGCAUUCACCAUUUCACUCAUUGCUACUUUGUUUAUGAAACCUUGAUACAUUCCAAAGAUCCAGAUACGUGUAUCAGCCCCACCCCUGCCAUUCUCUGAUCAGGCAAAGCUCUUCAAAUCAGCUCAAAUAAAUAUGAACAUUUCUUUCUGUGAUACCAAGCCAAAGAGAAAGGGUAGGAAAGGAAUUAGUUAAUUCAGCCAACCCUCACACUAUCACUGGUAUGGUGACUUAUCUUUAUUAACCGUAAAUGAAUAGAGAUCAGAAUCUCAUCUGGUGAAAUUCCAGCUCAGAACAUUGGACCAAAGAAAAAUGGAACUAAAUAUCACAGAAACAUUUUGUCCUGCAACUCUGCUAACCACUACACUUACUAAUGAUAAUAAUAAUAAUGAUAAUAAUAUAAUAAUAAUAAUAAAAAUAGUAAUCUACAAAUAA